UUUCCUCUCCAGCUCAGACAAUAAAAACAAGGCGAAGCCCACACACACACAGAGACGGCACGGCAGCAUCUCAGCACCACUCCAAGCUAAAUGUCUGAGGAGUGAAACAGAGAAACUGCUGCCUGGGUGAGAAAUAUGGACACACGGCCGCCGAGCUGGGACUAGAGAUGUAGUUGCAAGGAUGCCAGCCAGCUCCAUCUCUCGUUUGCUCCUGUUCGUCUGGAUCUGCGCGGUCCGGGAGGCGCUGGCCAAAUCUCUUCCAGAUCAGGGAGCAUUUGAGGUGCAAAUAAAAGUCCAGGUGUUCGACAACAGCGACCUGUCACCGCUGGUGGACGCUCAGGUGGAAGUCCACAGCAACCACACCAUCUUGGCGUCCAGCAGGGCCGGCAGCGAUGGCGUCCUGAGAGUCAGCUUCCUGUACCGCCCCGGAACAUGGGUCAUCAUCACAGCCUCCAAACAAGACUACGUCACCAACUCUGUGCCCUGGCACUCCAGCCGCAUCCCCCUGUAUGCCUCCGUCAGCCUGUACCUCCUGGUUCAGAGGCCAGGAACACUUAUUCUGUACGAUGACGUGCUGCAGGUGCUGUCUGGGUCGCCAGGAGCUCGUAACCAGCCGCUGGUGCAGCUCCAGAGGAAGUCCCUUCAGCUGCCGUCCGACUCCAACUACACGGCGCUGUCUGCUGCGCUGACCACGGCCAGGACUCAGUAUGAGAUCGGCGGUUUCCCGUUUCUCCUGGGCCAAGAGACCAACAGCUCAGGUGUAGAAACAGGGUGGACAGACUUGACAGCUUUGGCCGUGAUCAGCAUUCAGCUCUUUGACAAAAAUGGCCGUGAGAUCCAGGUCUCAGAUCCGAUCCACGUCUCGGUGCCGCUGCCGUCCGACACCCGCAACAGGAUGGCCACAAGUGUUCCUGCUUGGCUGUAUCAGCCUAAGACGGGACUGUGGGUUAGGAACGGGACGGGCUACAUCAAAAAGGACGGCCCACAGUUUGUGUGGAACGUUGUGGUUCCUCAGAUGGGAUACUGGUUAGCUGCUUUCCCUUCAUCUUCAGGAUUGGGUUUGUCUCAUCCAGGCUUGAGGGACAUCACCACCUACCACACCCUGUUCCUGCUCUCCAUCCUGGGCUCGCUGGCCCUGCUGGUGCUCAUCCUGCUCUGUGUGCUGCUCUACUACUGCAGGUGUGGGGAGCGUAGGCGUAGGCGCAGGCGGAAGUGUUUGAAACCUCGACGGCAGCAAGGGAAAGUCCACACUUCCAAUCUAAAUGGUGCAAAGAGAGACCAGGGCACAUCCACUUCGCGCCUAAAUCUGAUCUGUGGCGGCCACGUUGAGUCUGGCCCUUCAAUUGACAAAUCUGAAAUGUCCCCAUCUCGAGACUACCAGAGUUCACGGGAGGACUUAACCAAGCAUGUUCCAGCUCACAUGCUGCGACACGCAAAGGGAAAAAAUAUUUCAGGUCCCCAAAGGGGUGAAAGCUUCCCCAUGAAGGUUACACGUGCCACAGAGACCAACAACCUGGACAACCCUCUGCUGCAUGAAGACUACAACCGGAGCUACAGCCCUAUGGAGGGCAAAGAGUCUGAAUAUCACCGACACCAGCUCGCCAACGACAAUCGAGGGUACUCCUCUGAUCCCCCGUCCCCACCUCGCUUUCAAGGCUACGUGCCAAGCCAGUCUGACAAACCGCCCGAAUAUUCGGCAGCAGCUGCAGACAGCCUUGCCAGACCCACCUCCCUCAACACCCAGCCAGGUCAGAUCAUCUUCUGCAGCUCCAUUGACCAGAUGAAGGAGAACAUGUACCGGAGCAUGGUGCCGACCCUGGUCAUCCCAGCACACUACAUGCGCUUGCCUUCCGAGUAUCCCAAAGAUGGCAAGGACCAGAAGGACCAAGAUAAAGAUGGCGCGGGAGGAGGCCAGCAGCACCAUCACCACCACUCCCAGAAACAAGGCCAACAGCAGCAGCAAGGUGGCUCCCAAGGCGACGACUCGGAGGAUCCGAGCUGGGCAUCUGACUCCUCUGGCGGCCCAGUGACCAUCCCGGUGCUCUUCAACGACUCCACCAUGGCUCAGAUGAACGGCGAACUGCAGGCUCUGACUGAGAAGAAGCUACUGGAGCUGGGUGUUAAACAGCACCCACGGGCGUGGUUCAUCUCCUUGGAUGGACGUAACAACGCUCACGUGCGCCACUCCUACAUAGAUGCUGGGAAUGACCUCAGUGGAGGAGGCGUUGGGGGAUUCUUGGGGGGUCCCAGCAGCGCUGGACGAGACGUCAACCUCGAACCGCCUCUGGAGUCCCAAGAGCGCAAGUCGGCAAUGAACAGGAAGGGUAAAGACGAGCGUUGGGGGACGGGAGGACGGAAGGGCCACGGCGUUAGCAGCAGUGGGGGGAAGUGUUACUCCAAGUUGGCGUACCCCGACCACAGCGAGCCCAGCAGCAGCGAGGGACGCCCGGUCUCACCGGAGGAGAACUCCCUCACCCCUCUUCUAGACGAAGGUCCGUCCUCCCGAGGAUCCACCAUCCCCAGGCGAGGACGCAGCCGCGUGAACAGCAGCCGCAGCAGCAACAGCGAGAACCGCCGCGACUCCUUGACCAGUCCUGAGGACGAUCCCGACGACAAAGACGGGAACAAGAAGAGCCCCUGGCAGAAGAUUGAAGACAGGCCUCUCAUGGUCUUCCACCCCAGGAAGUGAGCUGUUUUUUGAACUUACCGAACGCUUCUUUUCAAAAGGGGGGAAUCUUCCCACAACAAUCAUGGGAGAAGAGUGAUGUUUUCACCGAGAGAGAUCACGAUAAGCACAACCAUGCUUCACUGGUCCAUUUUCAGGUUGUUGUUUGACCUUUGUGUUUCUUGUGAGGUGCUUUUGCACUUUCGGAUUUCUCUCGUAGUCUCACUUCCAGUUAAUCUCACUGGAUCCCACUGAGAUGAUCUAUCGUGUACUGAAACGUAUCCAGUUUAUUGUGAAUUCUAUCAUCUAUCACAUCACUGAACCAUCGUCUGAGCCGUUGCAUAGACUGACUGUGGAAAUAGCCAUUUUAUAGAGCAAAAUAUAAGAAUAAAGCACUUACUAAUGAUUUGAUAAUUGAUUGAUUGUUACUUGCCAAGUAUUUGGAAGUGGAUGACAUUUUUCCCACGG